AUGAAUAUUGCAAAUUUAUUCACUACUAAAUUCGAUGAAUGUGAUGAAAGUAAAUGGCAACAGGAAAUACGGUUAGAACCGGAUAGAUCAAUCAGUGGUGCAUUAGCAUUUCGAUUAACCGGAAGCAAAACACGUGGUGUUUUCAUACAGUACGUGAAUCAAAAAUCUAACCAGUUUUAUAUUUCAUAUAUUUCGAUAUUUCGAUCUAUGUUACAGUCAAAAAUUCUCUACAAAGGUGAUCAAAUACUAAAAGUGAAUGGCGUUGACGUACGACGUUUGACGUGUGAUCAAAUUGUUAAUAUUCUACGCUUAGCUGUAUAUAAUAAUGGUUAUGCAUUAGUACAAGUUAAUCGUCAAAUACGAUUGAAAGAGAAUGUAUCAGAUGAAAAUGGUAACUUAAAUCAUUGUUAUCCGGCAUAUAAUGAUGAUCUAAUAAUCAAUAAUAAUAAUAGUACUUUACCAAUAUCAUUUUCCGAUAUGACCGGAUUAAGUGAAUCGGCAAUUCACGCUCGAGUAAGAAAUAAUUUAUAA